CCCUCCCCCUUUAAGCCGGAAUUAACUUGCUGUGCUGGUCCAGAUCCUGUGGCUAUGGUACCUACCUACAGUGCUGUUUUUAUUUCAUAGGUCUUCUAUCUCUCCUCAACUCUAGAACUGCCACAAUCUCCUCCUCAUUCAUCGACGCUGAAGAGCUCAAGUCUUCACGACCUUCUAGAAAGGAGUGUCUCAGACACCUGGGCGGGGUAGGUAUCAUGGCUGCCAGGCUCAUAGGAUUCUUCCUACUUCAGGCAGCGUCAUGGGCAUAUGGUGCCCAGCCCUGCAUCCCUAAAAGUUUUGGCUACAGCUCAGUGGUCUGUGUCUGCAAUGCCACCUACUGUGACUCUCUUGACCCCCUGACCUUACCUGCUGCUGGUAGCUUCAGCCGCUAUGAGAGCACUCGGAGUGGGCGUCGGAUGGAGCUGAGUGUCGGAUCCAUCCAGGCCAAUCGCACUGGCACAGGGCUGCUACUGACCUUACAGCCAGAAGAGAGGUUCCAGAAAGUGAAAGGAUUUGGAGGAGCAAUGACGGAUGCCACUGCGCUCAACAUCCUUGCCUUGUCACCCUCUACCCAGAAUCUGCUGCUCAAAUCAUAUUUCUCUAGUGAAGGAAUUGAGUAUAACAUCAUCCGGGUACCCAUGGCCAGUUGUGACUUCUCCAUCCGUAUCUACACCUAUGCUGAUACCCCUAAUGACUUUCAGUUAUCCAACUUCAGCCUCCCGGAAGAAGACACCAAGCUCAAGAUACCCCUGAUUCACCGAGCUCUGGAGAUGUCCCCACGCCCCAUCUCACUCUUUGCCAGUCCCUGGACAUCGCCCACUUGGCUCAAGACCAAUGGAGCAGUGAAUGGGAAAGGGUCACUCAAGGGCCAGCCAGGGGACAUCUACCACCAGACCUGGGCCAAUUAUUUCGUCAAGUUUCUGGAUGCUUAUGCUAGGCACAAGCUAAAAUUCUGGGCAGUGACGGUGGAGAAUGAGCCUUCUGCAGGGCUCAUAACCGGGUACCCCUUUCAAUGCCUGGGCUUCACUGCUGAACAACAGAGAGACUUCAUUGCCCGUGACCUAGGGCCGGCGCUCUCCAACAGCUCUCACGACGUUCAGCUGUUCAUGCUAGACGAUCAGCGUUUGCUGUUGCCCCGCUGGGCACAGGUGGUACUAUCAGACCCAAACGCAGCGAAGUAUGUUCACGGCAUUGCUGUACACUGGUACAUGGAUUUCCUGGCUCCAGCCAAGCUCACUUUAGGGGAGACACACCGCUUGUUCCCCAACACCACACUCUUUGCUACAGAGGCCUGUGUGGGCUCCAAGUUCUGGGAACAGAGUGUCCGGUUGGGCUCCUGGGGUCGAGGGAUGCAGUACAGUCACAGCAUCAUCACGAACCUCCUUUACCACGUGGCUGGAUGGACCGACUGGAACCUUGCCCUGAACCCUGAAGGAGGGCCCAACUGGGUCCGCAACUUUGUUGAUAGCCCCAUUAUUGUAGACAUCCCCAAAGACACAUUUUACAAGCAGCCCAUGUUCUACCAUCUUGGCCACUUCAGCAAGUUCAUUCCGGAGGGAUCCCAGAGAGUGGGGCUGGUGGCCAGUGAGAAGAAUGACUUGGACACGGUGGCACUGAUACGCCCUGACGGCUCUGCAGUUGUGGUUGUGUUAAACCGCUCCUCUAAGGAUGUCCCUCUUACCAUCAGUGAUCCUGGCCUGGGCUUCCUGGAGACCAUCUCACCCAGCUACUCCAUUCACACUUACCUGUGGCGUCGCCAGUGAUGGGACAGAUACCCAAGCAGGCACUUGGGCUUAGCAUGGGCAUUAAAGGGCAGAGUUAGCUUC